UUCCUUCACCCGCUUUAUAAAUAAAUGGAAUACUUCCAUUGCAUUUAGGUAACUCCAGUAACAUUGUUUACUAUAAAAUUGAUUCGUUAUAAGUGUGUAAGUAACCAUGCGGGUUAUACGAAUAGUACUUUUUUUGAGUGCGUUAGUUUUUUGCGAAUGUGUGGAACAAGUUACAGACGAAGAAUACGCCUUAAUGCCAGAUCUAUUCCAUUUGGAUGAUUUUGAUCGAUGUUUAAUGUUGGGAAAAAAUGCGCUAUAUUGCACGGUCAAGCUACAGAUAGCCCCAAUCAGAAAUUCGACGAAUUUGCGUAUAUGGAAAAUUAUACAGAAAACAAUUUCAAACGUGAAGAACUAUCGUCAUGAUUGGCUAAGGCACGGAAUUUGCAUACCGCUCUCAUGUCCAAAGAUGGCGAGCAACAUUUCAAAUUAUAUUAAUAAUGAAAGAAGCUUGAGGGAAGGAAUUGUAGAAUGCUAUUCGUCGAAACUCCAAGAAUUGGGCUUAACGAGUUCCGUAAUGGAAAUGCAUUGCGAAACUGAAAAACCUUUUUACGGCAUUGACAAUUACGAUAUUGCUGUAGCAAUAUGCUUCAUAGUACUGAUAAUAAUAGUACUAAGUUCAUCUUUUUAUGAGGGACUUGCAAGAUAUAAAUCUCAGGCUUAUUACAACAAAAUAACUUCGACUACACAUGGAAGAAUUAUAGCUUGCUUUUCAAUACCGAAAAACUGGGAGCGUCUUAAAGCAGAGAGUAAAGAUCCCAAUGUGCAGCAGCUGAAGUUCAUAAACGGCAUACGCGUCUACACAAUGCUGCUAGUAGUUAUUACACACGCUAGCAUGGUUGGAUUUAUAACAUUUGCCGCAAACCCAAAAUUUCCAGAAACCAUGACCUUAGAUCCAAUAAAUAUGUUAUUUGUAAACGGAAAUUAUUCCAUGCAAAUGUUUAUGUUAAUAUCAAGCGGGUUAUUGACUUACAGUUUUUUCUUAGUUUUCGAAAAGCAGCCAAAAUUUAAGCUGGGGUACAUACUAUAUGCGUUUAUUCACAGAUAUAUUAGAUUGACGGUACCUUUAAUUGCGGUGCUUGCAUUUAAUGCAACAUGGUUGCAGCAUAUUACCAGAGGGCCAUUAUGGGAUAAAGUUGUAGGUGUCGAAUACCGCAACUGCAGGAAGAAUUGGUGGGUAAAUUUGUUGUACAUUAACAACUACUACGAUGUCAAAAACAUGUGCAUGCUGCAAACUUGGUACAUAGCAGCGGACACUCAAUUAUUUAUUGUCACUUUAACCGUUCUCGCAAUUGUUUGGAAGUACAAAAAGCUUGCACCGUUUCUAUUUGGCAGCCUUCUGGUAAUAGGAAUGGUGUCGCCGGGAGUUGCCAGCUAUGUGAACGAAUUUGACAUAUUACAACGUAAUUAUCCUGAAGGUCUCUACACGAUUUUACUAGAUAUACCAGAAUGGUUAUACAUGACGAUACCAGGCCAUACCAACGUGAGUGGUUGUGCAAUAGGAUUAAUUGUUGGAUACAUCUUCUACAAAUAUAAAAAUAAGAAGUUGUUUACAACAAAGUAUCAUCACGUGUUGUGGUGGAUUACAGUUUGGACGCUGCCACUCUCCGUUAUAUUUGUUGGGAUACCUUUAUAUGAUGAUAGUUACGUACCCACACGGUUGGGAGCUGCCGUUUAUGCGAGCUUUGCAAGAACAUCCUACGCAUUCGCGAUGGGAGUCGCGUGUAUUGGAUUCACCAAAAACGUGGGAUGGUUGCUAAGGGACGCAAUUAUGAUACCCCCUCUACAAUUUUUAGGAAGACUUACAUAUUGUAUAUAUUUGGUGCACGUCGUAGUGGUUCGCAUCCGCUCUGGUCAAACUAGAACAAAAACAUACAUGACCGUAUUCAAUUUCUUGUCUCAAUCUUGUGGCGACUUAAUGUUUGGCUACGUUGUUGGUCUCCUGCUUUGUUUAUUUGUAGAAAUGCCCACAUCAGCACUACAGAAACUAAUGAUGCCGAAGUUAAAAGACGAAACCCCCAAGAAUGUUAACGAUUUACAAAAUUCUGAUAAUCAAAAGAACGGCGAGACGGAAAUAUCUAAAAUUUAGAUUGUGAUAAUGGUGUAAAUACAUAAUUACUAAUAAAUGUACCAUUGAGAAUGCAUAUGAACCAAAAUAAAGUUAAGUUAG